AUGAGUGAUAGAGUAUUACUUAAAAUAUAUUAUUUUGGUCAGAUUUUGUUACAAACGAGUGAAGGAGUUAAAUUUAUUUGUGAAAAUUCGCUAGAUAUUGUCAUUCCUUUUAUUAUCUCAUUUGAAGAGCUGAAAGGUGUAAUAUGUGAAAAGAUUGAUUCUGAGAGGGCAAGAAAGAUAUCGUGUAUACUAUACAGAUAUCCCAUUCCGGUGUUUGGCGGAUUCGUCCAGUAUCAAACUAAAUAUGUGACGGACGAAGCGAGCAUGCAGGAGAUGUUUUCAAUGUAUAUUGAAAACCGGUCUCAGAUCUCGUUCAUCGAGUUGUAUGUUGAGUUUGAACAAUCUGAGGUUGACCGAAAUAUUGUACGGGAAGAUUAUAACAGUGACAGUGAAGAAGAGUUCGAAAGCAAUUAUGAAUUUGUUGCUCCAAAUGGAGAGGAAGAUCAAGAUGAUGGAACCAUGGCCCCAGAUGUGACAGAAGUGGCAAAUGCACUCGCGAAUGAAGUUCCGUUUGAGGAGCCCUCCUUCAUGCGAGUUUUAGACUUGGAAGCCAUGCAUGUUCCAGAAUUUCCAGAAUAUAUGACUGCAGAAAUUCCUAUUGUGGAAGACGGUGAAUUUCGCGUAGGGAUGGAGUUCAGUUCAAGAGAAGCUGUUAUUAAGGCGGUAAAGGACUAUAGCAUACGACGAAGCGUAGACUACAGGUUGUUUGAGUCUGAGCCGUUGACAUUUUAUGCCAAGUGUACACAGUAUGGAAAAGGAUGUGAUUGGCUUAUUAGGGAUCAUUUGAAGCUAGAUUCUAUCACAAUUGCAGAAGCAAUAAAGCCACUGGUUGAGGCUGACCCAUCGUUAAAGGUAAAAUCGGUUAUAGCAGAAGUCCAAUCGAAGUACAACUACACCGUCAGUUACCGGAAAGCAUGGUUGGCUAAGCAAAAGGCAGUUGAAAAAAUAUUUGGUGGUUGGGAGGCAUCUUAUGAAGCGUUGCCAAUAUGGUUUGAGGCCAUGUGUCACAAGGAGCCAUCAGCUGUUGUCCAUUUUGAGACUAUGCCUGCAUACCAAGGCGAUGAGUUAGUGGGGGAUAUUCGGGUCAUGCAUCGUGUAUUUUGGAGUUAUUACCCUUGUAUUAGGGCAUUCAGACAUUGUAAGCCAAUUGUCCAAGUAGAUGGGACUCACUUGUACGGAAAGUAUAAGGGUUGUUUGCUUGUGGCAGUUUCACAAGAUGGCAACAACAAUAUCGUCCCAAUUGCGUUUGCUAUUGUGGAGGGAGAGACCUCUGAUGCAUGGCAUUUUUUCCUUAGUAACCUGCGUCAACAUGUUGUAACUCGUGAUGGUGUGGGUCUAAUAUCCGACAGGCACGAAUCCAUAAAUGCAGCUGUGGAACGCAGUAACGGAGCGUGGUCACCUCCAAGAGCUUUUCAUAUGUUUUGCAUCCGGCAUAUAGAGUCAAACUUUUUGAGAAAGUUCAAGGCACCGUACCUCCAAAAAUUGGUCGUCAACAUCGGAUAUUCUAGGACGGUGCGGGAGUAUGAGGUGCGUUACCAGAGGUUAAGGGAACGUGGCGAGGCAUACACAAACUGGUUAAACCGCAUUCCUCGCGAGCAGUACGCAUUGGCCUUUGAUGGUGGGUACAGAUGGGGUCACAUGACAACCAAUCUUGUGGAGUGCAUAAAUUCGGUGUUGAAGGGUGCACGCAAUCUCCCCAUUACUGCUCUUGUCAAGGCAACAUUCUACAGGUUAAAUGAGUUAUUCACCCGAAAAAGAGCGGAGGCGGAAGCAAGGAUCAAUGCGGGCCAUGUAUUUUCUGAGGUCGUGACCUUGAAGUUGCAUGCAAACCAACUUACAUCAGGAAAUAUUCAGGUUAGUUGCUUUGACCGCCAGAAUGAGGUCUUUGAGGUUCGUGAGAUGCCAAGCGGACUGGAGUUCGCAGUCGAUCUACAUGGCCUACGAUGUGACUGCGGUGAGUUCCAGGUGGACAGGAUCCCCUGCAGCCAUGUAUUCGCAUGUUGUGCCAAUCAGCGACUGGAUUGGCAACUGUACGUGCAUGAUGUCUAUAAGAUGGACCAAGUGCGGCGGGUGUACCGAGCAAGGUUUAGGCCACUAGGUAAUCCGGCUACAUGGCCUGCUUACAACGGACCUCGGUUCAUACCGAAUCCGUACCUGAGACGGGUAACAAAAGGUCGCCCAAGGAUGACGCGCUUUUUGAAUGAGAUGGACACGCGGAUGUUACGUCGUCCUAGGCGAUGUACUCUAUGCGGGGCUGAAGGACAUAGUCGUAGCAGAUGCCGUCAGACAGCUGGUCCAUACACCAACAGAGGUGCCCCAUAG